AUGGGAUAUGAUAUUAUAUCGCUGUUAUUCAAUGGCAUUAAAUCAAUUCUGGCAUUGAUGACGAUACUUUUCGUUACGCAACAGAUUAUAUUCAAUCUUGCGUUACUAUACUUCAAUGCUAGGAUUGUCAUUUCUAAGCUCCAGAUUGGAUUUUUAUUUGGACGAAGCAUUUAUUGGUUGCAUCUUAUUUACAAAGGCUACAGUUUUAAGGUACGGAAGGUGUUACUACUCUCACUUUUUUCUAAGAUUGAAUGUUGGGACGUAAAUGUGGUAUGUGAAUUUGAAGAGCAUAUACCGAAGGAGAUAUCGGAUAAUCAAGAUAUUAGUCUUCUGAUACCUAUCAGCUUAUCCAGAUGGAAAGUGCUAUGUAAGCUUAUGCCAAUUGAGCUUCGUUUGGUAAACGUUAAUUUCUCAUUACCGACUGUUAACUUUUUGACGGAUUUGGCAGUUUUAAAGCUGGAGUACAGCUUCGAAACGGAUCGGGUAAUGCUAGUUGCCUUCUUCCAUUCAAUAAAGCUGGGGAAAGUUGCAAGCCUCUCUCAACUCGAAUUGUCGUCACAUUUCCAUUGUGUUCAUGAUGAUGCCGGUCUAAAGUUGCACAGAUGGACCAGUGGUGUUAACAUAGGUGGAUUGAAACUGGAUACGACAGUACGUGAAAAGAUGUAUCGUCCAAUUGGAAAGACCCGCUCUAGCGAAAAGACAAUAAGAAGAUACAAGAAAUUCCUUGAAACGCUUGAACUUUUCACUGUUCAAUUAGAGAAUACUAAAGUGUUUCUCCCAAAUGAUCAAUCAUGUUUUGUAUCCAAUGCCUCACUGCAUAUGAAUCCGUCUCGAGAACUAGAUAGUUCUGUUGAAAACUAUAAUAUUCACAACCUUACAAUUUCGAUAAACUCUCUGGUAUACACUUUAAUUGCUGGAGAGGAUAUUAGGAUACCAGUCGUUAAUGUUCUACUUACAUGUGACGUCAUUGAAUUUGCUGAGCAAGACUUUAAUGUUCAGUCGUUCACUGGUUCCUGUACUGUCAACAUAAUUGACCCUCGUGUAACAUUAUCAUUAUGCAACCUCCGCGAUUUGUUUUUGAAAACACAAACAUCGGCGGAUACCAAGAAUACACCAAACCAACUUGAACUCCCACCAAUUAUUCUCAAGAUAAUUAUAUCCAACAGUAACCUUCUGCUGAAAGAGGAUACUAAGAACUACUAUCAUUUGAUUUCAGAUUCGAUAAGUUCGGAACUUAACCUUCAAUCGUUAGUGCCUUCUGCUUAUAAAAAUGAUACUACUGAUCUUUACAAUACUUUAUCAAGUACGGUAAAACUUGAAAGGUUUACAGUAAUCUAUAAUCUUCCCUCAAAGGGUGAGAGACGCAAGCAUCAACUCAUUUCUUUCGAGAAAUGGCAUUUCGUUUGUGAUAGAUACGGUUCGAACCCUGAUACGGUUGCUAGCACACUUCACAAUAUACAAGUCAAUCUUGAUGAGCUUGUAGUCAUUGAUGGUCUUCUUAAAGUUGUGAAAUCAUUCACUCCAGCUGAACCAAAGGAGACUCUCCAGCCUUCUCAAGGAACCAAUCAUCGCUUCUCAUCUUACCAACUUCAAAUUGAAGCUAAGGGAUUGUGUUUUACGCUAUCAGCAAAAGACUAUUUACCAUCAAACAUGCCAAAUAUAGAUCAUUCAAUUGUACCUCUGAGGGAUGGAACCUAUAAAAUCGGUUUAGAAGUUGAUCAAUCACAUAUGUUGUUAUCUGGAAACUCCUCACAUGCCACUUUUACAGAAUUGAGGCUGUAUAAAUCAUCAAGUGACUUCGAAAAAUCAUACUCGAACGACAUUAUAUUCCUCGAUAGGCUUGAAAUCAAUCCUUCGAGUACUGCUAUUGUGAUUGACAUACCUAAAAUGAAAUAUGAGUUUGACAUUAACCUCUUGUGGUUCUGGUUCUAUUUCAAGCAUUCAGUGAUUAAUCGGUUUAAAUCAUUCAAAACUGAGAAACGUGCUUCCCAUUCCUCUAACCGCCCAAUCGAAAUUAACAUCAACAACUUCUUUACGGUGCUCAAACUACCGCAGAAUAUGACGUUGUUAUUAUUCUUAACUAAUAUGAAAUAUACUUCUGGUGCUCAUUCAGGUUUUUCUGUUGAAGACCUUGAUCUUCUUGUCAAAUCAGUAUACACAAAGAAUCACGCUGUCUACGUUCCACUGCUCAAGAUGGCCUUAAUCAAAUUGUACAACUCGAAACAAGACGGCUAUCAGUUGUCUUCAGAAUCAAUGACUUUGAAGAUGGAAUACCAUUUCAGAUUUUAUACUAUUGUCGACACGAUAUCUACCACAGUAAAAGCAUUCAAACAGUUAAGAUCAGCGUUUAAUCACUUAGACUCCUUUAAUAUCCUUUACCCCAAAGCUGAUCCUCCAAUUAUAAUGAAGCACAUCAAUGUCAAGACCAAAACUCUAACUAUCACAGUCAAUGAAGAUUUGUUUGAGCAAGAAUUAGGGUUGAUUUAUAAAGUGGGCGUCUUGGAACAAAGGGAACGUCUAGAAAAAUUAACAUUAUUUCUAAGUUCAGACAAGCUUGCCGGAACUGAAGAAUAUCUCAAUCAACAGUAUACCAGACUUUAUGAGAAUUUUUCAACUUCUUGGAUAGCAAGAUAUCGAGUUGCUAAAAGGAAGUUUCAUGGUGCUGAAUCUUAUGCAGUCAAUAACACCAUUUUAGACUACGAAUUUUCCACGUUUUCUGUUGACAACGAUGUAAAUUCACUCAAAAUUUCCAUUGAAGAUGUAGAUCUGAAACUUCAACCGCCAUCGUUCCCUCUAGAAAGAUAUUCGGAGUUCCUUUACAAGCACGGUAAAGGCAUGCCAUUGGAUACAAAAUACAGUACAAAUGUUCCUGUGGGAAUUAAUUUGGAGACGAAGAACUUCUCUUUUCUACUACGAGACUAUUCGCUUCCUGCUUUGUUCUUUCCGAACACGAACGUCACGGGUGAUAUAAUAUUUGCAGAGGCACUUGGAUCCUCCAAGUCAUGGCGGCCAAUCUUUGUGCCGUUUUCGACGCUCAGUGCAGAUCAUAAAGAGCUGCCAGAUUCUAUCUUCGGAUCGGAUAUAAUAAGGACUUUGACACCAAUCAAAACAUUCAUGGAUAUUAGAUUUACUAUAGACUCUGAUACUCCAACACAGAUUACCUGGGGUAAAUCUCUUCAGCCAGGUUAUCAAAGCGUAAUGUUGUGGUUUGAUUUCCUAACGAAGCCUCCAAUGGAUCCAUCUCCCAAAGUAGGGUUCUGGGAUAAAAUCAGGCUUUUAUUUCAUGGUAAACUCGAGUUCCAAUGGCUUAGUAAUAGUUCAAUGCACUUAAAUUUUAAGGGAUCAAGUGAUCCUUAUUCGAUAGCAGAUGUAGGAGCAGGCAUGACAUUUGCUUGGAGUGGUGACACAAAAAUGACCAUUAAUGGUUCUGAAAGACCAGACGGUUUUCUAGAAAUCAAGUCCACUAAAUUUCAGAUGGGUGUUCGAGACUUCUCAUCAAGUAACAAUUUCGAUAAGGUAAUUAUGAAUCUUUUUGGAAAGGUAACUUGGAAAAUGGGAAUGUUAUUCGAAGCUGGUGAUAGCAAAAUGGUCGGAUAUGAACCCAGAUCACGACGUCUCAAACCGCAUUACGAGGUGGAGCUGGUUCAUCCUAAUCAUGUCACAGACAUAUCAAAUCACGAUUCGUACAAAGGUUAUAGAACUGAUUUUAUUCACUUGUCCUUCGGUGUCUAUUCUGAUGAUGUUGCUCACGCCAAGAAUUCAGUACAUUUAGCACCUGAAACUCUAUCUCACUUUUUGGCAUGGUGGAGAUUAUUCAGUACUUACACCUCAGGACCUAUCCGGCAAGGCCCAUUAUUUCCAGACCUAAUACAAAACGGGAAAAAAUUCGGUAAAUCUUUGUUCACUGUCAAGUAUCAACUAUCCCUAGCACCCUUGGAGAUAACUCAUGUACAUCGUCAUGCUGAUUCACAGUUGGAUUUGAAACAGAAUAACAAUAUAGCUUUUACCGGUUUAAAAGCAAGCCUUGCCUCGUUAAAGCUUGAUUUACACCAAAAACGAGUGAAACUUGUCAGUCAGAAUGAUAUUUUACAAAUAUCUCGACCAGUAUGGAAGUUUACUAUGAAUCUUGCAGAACUUGAUUUCAUUGAUGCUGAUAUCCGGGUUUUAUUUGCGGUCUUCGAUCAAGAAGCCGUAGAAGAACUAUUGGCCAAAACAUUGGGUUUAUCCCAUGAAGAUGGUGAUGAAAGAAAACCAAACAAACAAAGGUCUGACUAUACACACUCAUCCUGGUUUGAUAAGGAAGAUUACAUUGAUUUACAUCAAAUCCAGCUAUUAUCUCUGGUUCCUAUGAAGUUUUCUGCAAUUCCUUUUAUACACUCUCCUCGAAUCACCUACUUCCGUAACAUAGAAGAGCAAGGUUUAGAUUUAGAUUACCCAUUUGGUGAUGAGAACGUUCAUGAUUGUUAUCUUGGUCAGACGCAUCCUGAAGUUACUCAGCGAAAACUUGCCGAAGACAGAGAGUUUCAGUUGAAUGAGCAGAUAGCUCUGGUACAAUCCAACGUGGAUUCUCUGAAUGAGAAACUCAUGGAUGGCAAUCCUUUGACAAGCGAGCAACUAGAAACACUACAAGAACAGGAAAACUCACUUCACCAUUUGAAACGCAGUUUACACCUAAUCCAUCAAAUGUUGAAGGAUUUGGAAAUCUCAGAGAAUGCGAAUAUGCAGGAUCCGAACACAGAUAUUGAGAGCAGCCUGGCUGAAUCUGAAUUUGUACGGAGUUAUUUACCUAAAAAUGGGGUUGAAUUAUUUAGGAUGAACACCAUCGAUUCGUUCGUUAAGUUAAAACAAUUUGGUGAUAUUGAUAAUGAGUCUUCAUUUGAUAAUAGAUUCGUCUUCCACAAUGUAUUGAUUAAGAUCGACAAGAACAUCCGUGAUCACUUAAUUAAUUAUACGAACAGUAUUGCAACCAGAAGACAAUAUCAGUUUUUUAUUUCUCAUAAAGCAAUAAUCUUGCUCGAUGAACUUUUGAAAAGCAGGUUUCAGAAAACAUUCAUUACUGAACCUAAACUAAGUCAAGACUCGGAAAGUUCUUCUUUGUCUAAUAAGGAAUUGCUCGAAGUAUUUCAAGAUUUCAUAAGAGAGGUAACUGAAGGAUUCUCAGCGUUUGAUAAUUAUUCGAUAAGGUUAAUAUCUCCUCAAGUUCAGAUUACAUCAAACACUGAGCCCACAAAUGCAAUAUUAAUUGUUUCGCGAGAUAUUGAGCUAUCGAUAAUUGAUGUUCAUUCUACGAAAGGAAUAAAGGGUGAAUCACUAGGUGUGAAUACAUUGAUGGAAACCAGAUACUGCUUUAAUUUUUCUGAUUCACAAUUCUUUAUUCUUGAAAAAUCUGACACCAAUCAAUGGUACCAUAUGGUAUCUCAUUCUAACACGUACGGUAUUCUUGAUUCGGACUUAGCAUGGCCUCCUUGGCUUCCAUUGGAAGCAAGCUACUCUAGUGACUUCCUAACAAGUAAUUUGUUCUUGCAUCGAAAUGAUAUGUUCAUCACAUUCACUAAACCGAAUCCGCUCUUUUUCAAUAAUGAGAGUAAAUCGAUACAUGGUAAUGAAUCGCAUUUCCAUGUGGGAUUCCCUAAGCUAUAUCUCACAUCUACCUCUGAACAGUAUUCUUCGAUAUUUAACAUAGUUGAAGAUUUAUUGUCAUUCGGUGCAGAUAAAGAUAAGAAGAUUGAUAAAUUAACACAAGUGUUUCUCGCCGAUGAAAUUAAGUUCAAUUUGGGAAAACUUGACACCAAAGACGUCGAAAGUCUUCAACGGAAGAUACGUACACUAAAACAUCUUGAUUCUUACACGAGAUUCCACGACCCGCAAGCAUAUUCCAAGUCGUCCCAGGACAUAUUGGUAGAAUUUCAGACAACGAAGUUGCAGUUGAACUUGUUAAUGUCCGCUAUCAAGAGAAACUAUGAUAGAUUGCAUUUCCAGAGUAAGUCGAAGAAAAACAAUAGAUUCACUUGGAAAAUUGGUGCAGAUGAGUUGAUAUGGGAAUUGUUUGAUGAGAGUAAACAAAGCUUUGUAGUUUUUGGUCUAGGAGCCUCUCAUUUCUUAAGAUCAGAGACGUACUAUGGCUCUACAAGCAAUAAGAUCAGUAUUUCUACCCUUCAAUGCUAUAACUUGCAACAAAAACCUAUAUAUAAAGAGUUGUUAGGUCCGUUUGAGAGUCAUCCAAAGUUCGAUCAUACUAAGCCUUUCAUCGAGAUCAAGUGGAAUAUGGGUGUUCCAAUCGGUGGUAUUUCAAACUUACUUGAGCUGAAUCUUCUUUCACAACCCAUCAUUUUCAAAAUGGAUUUUAGAACGUCUGAAAAAUUGAUGUCUUACUUAUUCCCUAAGUAUAAAUCCACACCGAGCGACAACAGUUCUAUAAUUCGCCAAUCAAUCGAUAUCUCGGAUAGCGAAUCUCAAGUGUUGUCUCGGAAACCAUCUAUUCUCAGUAACUCGACAGGCAACUCGGUUAGAUCUCCAAUGACAAGAAGAAUGAUAUUGACCGACUGGGAUAUGCAAUCUUUUACAAAAGUCUUAGAUAAAAGUAAUUUGAAGGGUGAAGCAAAACAUUUAUAUGACCCUGAAUAUGAAAUGGAUGAAAUGGUGAAGAGAUCUAGUAAGUAUUUCAAUGUUGCUAAAAUCUCAGUUAAUGGUUUGAUAAUGUCCGUCAGCUAUAAAGGCUCCAGGAGUGUAAUAACAAAUGUUGAUAAUUUAAUCGUGAAAGUGCCUACUAUUCAAUACACCAACAAAUUAUGGUCAUCUGAGGAACUUAUAGCCUCAUUCAAGAAGGAUAUCGUGAAAGUUGUGUUACAACACACUGGUAAUAUUAUAGGUAACAAGUUUGUGCCACACAAAAAUGAAAACAAAUAUGAGCCAUUGAAACAAAUUUCUAACUUGAUAAGACCAGAAUUACAAAAGAUUCAAAAGAAAAGUUCAGCAUCGUUGCCAACACUAUCCAGAAGAACUUCUAAAGUACCUUCAAAAACACAAGAAUCAGAUAAGAUCCCUGACCAAGAAACAACGACAUCCGCUCGUGCCGCAAUAGAUACAGUUCCAGAAACGUACGAUGUCGAAGAAUUCUUUCCCGCAGAGACAAACACAUAA